AUGUCGAUGCUGCAGACAACCACGAUGGAGGAGUAUGUCUCUAGAUGCAAGUACCUUCGCACUUUCAUGUGCGCCAACUAUGACUGCCCAACCGGCCAUUACCAGCUGGACAUGCUGUCAGCGGCGGACCGGGCAGUCGGGCAGCACUUGUUCGUUCUCAACGCGUGGGAGAGUGCGCUCGACAGACGCAUGCAGCGGAUGGACCUCUCAGAACUGGGAGACGGAUCACACUGGCGAAACAUUACUCAUGAGGGUGGUCCGUGGAAAAUGGAUUGGACAAGGUGGUCGCCGCCUCCUGAAGGUAUGCUUGACUUCGACUACGUGUCUGCACGUAGACCAGACCCCAAGCAAACUCCAAUCGACCUUCCCAACUUCGCUCGCAUGCUGAAGUUAUUGGCGAGCUUCGAUGAGGCGCCCCUGGCAAAGUUCCUGGCAUUGAGACGAUGUGGACACCGACUCUUCCUGACCAGCUCCCAGUUGCGUGAGCUUCUGUGCUUGUGCAAGACGGUUGACGCCAAGCUGCAGCUGACGAUCUUGCUUUACUUCCAGGUGGUGGAUAUUUGGAAUGCGAAAGUUUUUCGCGUGCUCUUCGAGCCAGCGGCAAGCAGGCAGCUGCAGCAGUGCUUGGGACAUGUGGUGACGUUCCUUUUCCUUCAGCCAGAAGGCUUCGUGGACCUCUGCUUGGAUCAGCGAGAGCAGCGCCUGCUGGCACACUGUCUCGCUCUUCUCCGAAGCAAGGAGAAGUCCACUAUGAAGGACGCGGUGCUUUGCAACAAGAUCGGCAGGUUCAUCACUUUGCCAAAGGGGCUGCCAAAAUCUUGGGAGAACCUGGAGAAGGUGCCGAGUCGGGGCGCAGUGAGCGCCACGUACCGUUGCAUCCCCGAAGAGCGGAAUAUCUUGUUCAGGAGGCAGCUGCAGACGCAAUUUGGUGGCUGGAAACUUGUGACCAUCUCCAAGCAGUCUGUGAUGUGGUGCGCAAGCAAGACAGAAGUGCCGGAAGAUGUCCUCAGCUUGCUACACCAUGCCCUGCGGGAGCCGUCCAGAAGCAGUUCGAACACCUACAGCACCGAUGCUGGCUUUGAUCUGUUGGCAAGCCAGGUCAACAAAACAGCUCUCACACGACAGGACCUUCUCCAAGCUCUUUUCUCGUGGGGUUUCCUCCCAAGCAUAGAUGACGAGCUGGUCGUGCAUAGGGCAGAUGCGAUUUUUGACUUCUUUGUUCCUGGCCGACAGAAGUUCCUGUCCAGACGAGAAUGGAGUAUUCUUGAAGAGCUCUGGCGCGAGACCCAACAGCAACUCCACGAUCUGGCGCGGUUCGCAGCGCGCAAGUUUAAUUCCCAGCUGACCGAGAAGCUUUGGUCUGCUGUUGCUAGCGGAGAAGGAAGCCUCAGUCUGGCAGAAUGGUCGCGGGCCAUCAAGGAGAAGCUCAGUUUCCACGGUCCGGUCGACGAGGUCUUUGCCUUCAUGGACAAGGCUGGCAUUGGCACCGUGUCCAUGGCGCAGCUGGAUGCCGUGAUGCCAGCACUUGGGGACUACUUGGCCGAUUGUGAGGGACAACGCCAGGCAAAGACGCCAGAUUUUGCUGCCCACCAUUCUAGCAUGGUGCUGGCUCUCACCUAUUUCUCGCCAGCUUUUGUUCCAGCGCCCCAAGGAAAGAAGGCACCGGAGCAGGUGCCGAACCUUUCUGGCGCUGUGGGUGCAGGUACACUGUUUGCCUUGACGGCACCAGCCAAUGCGGUGGAUGAUCCACUGGCACACGGGGCUCCUGGAGUGAUGGAAGCUGGAGAUUUGCAGGGCUGGGCCGAGAGAGCAGCUUUCGGCGGCCUGCUGGUGAGCACAUUUUUGGCUUGGUGGCGCGGCACGCUGGGCAGCGGACAGGCUUCUACAGAGGGCAAGCCUCCUUCGUUUUAUGCCAUGUCGUUCGCGAACCUUGCCCUGGUAGUGCUGCUGUCCAACCGUUGGCUGGAGAGUGGCCACUUCCCCUUGUCGAACAUGUAUGAGUCGCUCAGCUUUUUGGCGUGGGGUGUUACGGCGGUGACACUGUAUUUUACCGCUAGCCAGGCAAGUGAGGCCGAGGAGCUGAAAGCUUUCGACAUGCAAACCAACUCCAAGUCAUCGGAGGCGAAACAGAACACCACCGACAUUGCCGCGGUUUGGGCAUCACCUGUGGCUCUGGGCAUCGUCGCCUUUGCCCAGUUUUCUUUGCCGAAGGCAUUGCAGAAAGCCUCAGCGCUGGUGCCGGCCCUGCAGUCGAACUGGCUCGUGAUGCACGUUUCAGUUGUGAUGUGCUCCUAUGCCACGCUGAUGUUUGGGUCGGUGCUUUGUAUGGCCGUGUUGGCAUUGAGCCAACCCAAAGACAGCCCGAUCACCGCGCUCCGAGAGGCUGCGCAGCCGGCGCUGCAGGGCAUCGCCAACGGCUUGCAGCCACAGCCAGCUGUUGCCACUGCUGGACAGUCCCCGGCGGUUGCCAUGACUGGCACAACCGGCCUCGAUGCUGGCAACACAGCCAGCCAGGUUGAACGCCAGGACAGGACGCAGGUAGCAGUUGCAAGCACCAGUGCCGCUGUGGGUGCCGGCAGCGUCACAGUUGAGUUCACGUCCUCUUCGGGCACGGCCGUCCUUUCAGAGGACGACCAACUCGCCAUUACCUUGGAUGACCUGGCUUACCGCUCGCUUUUGCUGGGCUUCGGCUUCCUGCUGCAGUCUGAGAUUGCAGUCACCAACACCAGAGGACCAAAGUUUGAUGCAUCGAUGCUCCUUUCCGAGGAGACCUGGGCUCUCAUCACCUGGUUGGUGUAUGCUGGCUACCUUCACACCAGGUCGCAGAACUUAAGCGAUACGGUGAGAGAACCACAAUCAGAGAGUAAAGUAGAGGGAAUCCCGGCACUAAUGAUCAAUCCAUGCUGCUCAGAACUGAGGUUGCAGCUUGGUUGGGACACUCGCGAAAGUGCCAAGAUCGGCCAGGCAAAGACGCCAGAUUUUGCUGCCCACCAUUCUAGCAUGGUGCUGGCUCUCACCUAUUUCUCGCCAGCUUUUGUUCCAGCGCCCCAAGGAAAGAAGGCGCCGGAGCAGGUGCCGAACCUUUCUGGCGCUGUGGGUGCAGGUACACUGUUUGCCUUGACGGCACCAGCCAAUGCGGUGGAUGAUCCACUGGCACACGGGGCUCCUGGAGUGAUGGAAGCUGGAGAUUUGCAGGGCUGGGCUGAGAGAGCAGCUUUCGGCGGCCUGCUGGUGAGCACGUUUUUGGCUUGGUGGCGCGGCACGCUGGGCAGCGGACAGGCUUCUACAGAGGGCAAGCCUCCUUCGUUUUAUGCCAUGUCAUUCGCGAACCUUGCCCUGGUAGUGCUGCUCUCCAACCGUUGGCUGGAGAGUGGCCACUUCCCCCUGUCGAACAUGUAUGAGUCGCUCAGCUUUUUGGCGUGGGGUGUUACGGCAGUGACACUGUAUUUUACCGCUAGCCAGGCAAGUGAGGCCGAGGAGCUGAAAGCCUUCGACAUGCAAACCAACUCCAAGUCAUCGGAGGCGAAACAGAACACCACCGACAUUGCCGCGGUUUGGGCAUCACCUGUGGCUCUGGGCAUCGUCGCCUUUGCCCAGUUUUCUUUGCCGAAGGCAUUGCAGAAAGCCUCAGCGCUGGUGCCUGCCCUGCAGUCGAACUGGCUCGUGAUGCACGUUUCAGUUGUGAUGUGCUCCUAUGCCACGCUGAUGUUUGGGUCGGUGCUUUGCCACGGACCUAUGCUUGUCAUCUCGUCAGAAGUGGACAGUAUGGCCGUGUUGGCAUUGAGCCAACCCAAAGACAGCCCCAUCACCGUGCUCCGCGAGGCUGCGCAGCCGGCGCUGCAGGGCAUCGCCAACGGCUUGCAGCCACAGCCAGCUGUUGCCACUGCUGGACAGUCCCCGGCGGUUGCCAUGACUGGCACAACCGGCCUCGAUGCUGGCAACACGGCCAGCCAGGUUGAACGCCAGGACAGGACGCAGGUAGCAGUUGCAAGCACCAGUGCCGCUGCGGGUGCCGGCAGCGUCACAGUUGAGUUCACGUCCUCUUCGGGCACGGCCGUCCUUUCAGAGGACGACCAACUCGCCAUUACCUUGGAUGACCUGGCUUACCGCUCGCUGUUGCUGGGCUUCGGCUUCCUGACGGUCGGAAUUGUUUCCGGUGCCGUUUGGGCGAACGAAGCUUGGGGCAACUACUGGAGCUGGGAUCCGAAGGAGACCUGGGCUCUCAUCACCUGGUUGGUGUAUGCUGGCUACCUUCACACCAGGUUGCAGCUUGGUUGGGAUACUCGCGAAAGUGCCAAGAUCGGUGCCUUCGGUUUCCUCGUAGUCUGGGUGUGCUACAUUGGCGUCAACUUGAUGGGCAUUGGCUUGCACUCGUACGGCUUCUUCCUCAAGUGA